CUGUAAUUUCCUUCCGAUGUGGAGCUUUGCAGGUCAGAACUGUUCCGGAGGUUUUUCAGCGUCCGAUUGUUUCCCAUUGAGCUUCGCGUUAUGGAUGCUUGCGUUGGCUUGCUGGAUUCCGCCGACUGGAAAAGUUGAGAAAAUGACUCAUCACUCAUGUGGAUCCAGUUAAACCUGUGUAUGUUGGAGAGUCCCCCCAG